CGAUUUGUAUUGUCAUUCUACUGCACGUGGUUAGCAGCUAAAAAUGUUCUGACACCAACAACAUUUGACAAAAAGAAUUAAGAUGUGGCGAUGGUUGGGUCGUAUUGAAUUCGAUCAAUCAAUUGAUCAUACCCGUCCAGUGGCUUCUUUACAGUUGCGAUCUGGAUUAUGGAUUAUCAUAAAUACAAAUUUAAGAACCAACUCUAGCGUAUCAAAUUGUUCUUUCCGGGCUGCAGGGUUGAAAGGCAAAAUGAGGACGUCCGUCGCGCAGGCGGUCGGCAUUACUGGAACCUCUUGUAAACUUUUAGUCUUGGGAGGAAUUCCAACACCCGAUGCCGCUUGGCCACAGACGACGCAAAGUGACUCAUCGGGCAGUCUGGCGGACCAUCACAAAUGUUUAGAGCUGGAGAUUGUUGUUGAUCGGCUUCCCUGCCCACCAAGUUUCACAGAAAUCAGGAAAAAUCAUGAAAGACGGUGCCGAGCCUAUGAAAAAUGAGCGGCUCCAGACCCAUCAAUGUGUUUACCUUUCAUCAAAAAAACAGUCAAACAGCGAGUGAAUUGAAGUCUCAUAGGAAGUUUAAUUCAUUUUGAAUCGUGAUUUGUUAAAAAAAAAAACGGAGUGACAUCAAAACCCAUCGAGGCGUUUACCUCUGAGGUGAGGAGAAGCAUUUUUGGAAGGCUUGAGGAAUUGCGACACCCUGAAGGCGCCAAACACUGGAAGUUACUGGCUGAGCUGGAGGUCAAACAAGGUGACUCGUCGGGCAGACCGUCGCGAAUGUUUACACGUUGUAAUUGUUAAUCAGCUUCUCUGCCCGAUUUUUAGGAGCUUGGAAAGUCGAGUCCAUCACAAAUGACGGUGCGUGUGCCAGACGCGUGGUGUCGCCUGCCCCUUUCCUCAGCUGACGUGAAAACAAAAGUCUCAUCGGAAGCUGAGCAGGUGAGGGGACACAUUUCGGCAAGGCUCGAGAGAAGUUCCAAAACCCAGAUUCCGACGAUCCCAGGAAGUUGACGGCUCGGCGGGAGGCCACGCAAGCGUCUCAAUGCUCCUCCACGCUCUAAGAUGAAGUUAUGGAAAAGUGCUACUUUAGCCUUGGUGCUCUGUGGCGCGGCCCUGUCGCUCAUCCUCCUUAGAAACAUGGCCGCCAGCGCCGGCAGACGGCCGAAAGCCAGGAGCAAACAGCAAGCCUCAUCUUUCUCCUGGCGCCGUCCGUCAUUCUCGGCGACUCCGUCGUCCUCGCCGGCGGCCGCCCUCGCCGGCGCUCUUCAACGGAGGACGCGCUCGGCGGACAUGAACUCCCUACUCUCUGAGCUGUCCAUGAUGUUCCAGAGCUUCACGAAAGGCGAACUCCAGCACGCCGUGGGGACUUUGCUGGACGUCAAGCGAGAGAAGAAGCGCCAUCCCGGCCAGACUCGAAGGACUAAGCGAGCCCGGCGGGCCAAGCCGUGCUCGGUGAGGGAACUGGAGCUGACGGUGAGCGAGCUGGGCCUGGGCUACGACAGCGACGAGACGGUGAUGCUGCGCUACUGCAGCGGCAAGUGCGCGGCGCACAGGCGCAACUACGACGUGGCCAUGGAGCACAUGAUGAGGACGGGCUUCCGCAAGAAGGAGCGCAAGGACAAGGUGAGCGUGGGCCCCUGCUGCCGGCCCACCGCCUUCGAGAAGGACUUCUCCUUCCUGGACAAUCGCAGCCGCUACCACACCAUACGCAACAUUUCCGCCAAGAACUGCGGCUGCGUAUGAGACUCGCCCGGGAAACUGUGGAAUACAAACUCAAGAGCAGGAAUACGUUCGGGAAGCUAACCGCUCAAGGGACAAGCGGAUCACAACGCGGCAAUUCUUUUUUGUAUUUGCUUUUUCUAUCUGUGUAGUAACACUGUAAACAACGGUGUCAACGCUACGUCGCGACAUGACGUGCUCGACGCGUCGUCGUAAUACUCCGACGACGAACGCCGAGUCAUCCGGAAUCGCAAAUAGUGCAAACCCCAAAAACUUUGGUGAGGCGCUCGCGCGACAAACAUCGGCGGCGGACCGUUUUGCUUUUUUCGGACAUUUUCACACAGACCAAGAAUCCAGGAAGGCCGCGCUAGCUCAAAUUCACAUUUUCACUUCAAGUCGUCAAGAAGCUAACCGGGAAUACUGUUGCUUUUGCUUUUCGGCUUCCGCAACUUUCAACCAAUUUCUGAACAAACCUUCCAGGAUUAUUUCACGUUGCUCAAACCAAGUCAUGAUCCGACUCUAAGAUAUGGGCCCCCCGGUAGCUCGUCAAUGCCAAUCAUCGCACCGGCGCUGAUGCUAACCUGAACCAAACCUCAAGUCUCGCGUGGUGUCGGAAAAAGUCAUCUUUUUACUCAUUGCAGCUCAUUCCUCAAGAAGUUUUCUUCAUUUGAGCAACGGCAAAGUCACGCAUUUGUUGUACACCACUCAAAUGAUUUGAACAAUGUCAAAAGGCACACAUGCAACCCGGCAGAGUGGAAAUAUUAUUUGAAUGUUGGAUGCGCGCACGCACUAGGGCGUCCUUGUCAAGAGAACAACUUGCUGGUACAAGCGAGCUGCGUCUUUUUGACACUUUCCAUCGAGCGAAAGAGCAAGAGAGGAUUUGGAGUGCAGAUGACAUCCAAGGAAUGUGCCGCAGAAACGAUUAAAACAAUUCGGGCCUCCUCGCAACAAGUGAAUGACUCAUUCGCUUGGCAGCAAUUAAAAGAAUAACACACGCAGAAAAAAAAAAAAAAAGCAAGAGUGAAGGAAAGAUGCUGUCCAGACUUGUCGAUCGCACCUCCACCGAGCGGCCGUGUUUGCUUUGCUUUUUGUUGUGUGCCAGUUCGCCGCGCGUCCUCUCGCAUACAAGCGUCGUCUGAAAUUGUUUCUGCCUUGCUUCUUUUUUUUCUUUUUGAAGACAAAUGUUGUGUGAAUGUUCCCACACAAAGCGCAGCCCUCCCAAUUUGAUGCAAUCAUAACAUGAACGCUAAGUCACCUUACAAGUGUAAUUCAAGCCCGAAAUGAACUCGGGAGCUGAUUGGAGCACAAAAGUCGGCUUUAUUUCUUUGCUUCGUGCGUGUUACUGAGCGCAGUGUUAUUCCGCGGGAAAGUCCAUUCUUGAUCAAUUCUAUUGGACUCCAAUGUUAUUUAUUGUUUUUGUGUAGAUGACUGUUGAAACUCCGCUUCCACCUCCGUACUCAAAUGCAACGGCUCUCCGAAGCAGGGAUGGGGAACCUUUUUUUAAAAAACAUUUUCUCCAAUGUUUUCCAGUCCUAAUCCCAACCUAAUUCCUAAAUGCCAACCUUAUCCUACUUUCCUCUUUUGUAUGAGAUUAGAAUGAACAAAAUCAAGUUUCAAAGUGCAAAAGUGAUGUUUUUUUUUUCUGACAGGUACUCAUGAGUUUGUUGUGAUUGACCGUUAAUUUCCAGCCGCAGAAAAACGAGCCGCCGAUGGUCGCCCAUUCGUGAAAACGAGUUGCAGAACCCCGCACAGUGUGCAAGAGUUCCGUCAGGCUUGGCAUGAGAUGACCUCUCAAUCUUUAUCCUAAAAUUCGAAGCCUUUCACGUAACCUGAUAACAUACUGGAAGUUGUCCACUCUUGUAACCGCUGUCCCUGAAAGGGUGAAUCGAAACCCUAGACCCAACCGCCCCCCCCCCCGUUUUUUUUUUUUUUUUUACCUAAAUCUUACAUUUGGUAUUUGAAACCAAAGUUGCAAUAUCAUCUUUGAAAUUUGAAAUCCAAGCCUCCAAUCCAGGAUGGCAGGCGGCCAUUUCACUGCAUUCUUUACCCCUCACGACAACCGUACCACAAGUCCUUGUGAAUCCUUCUACCAACAACAACUACCCGCCCCCCCACCCCAAGUUACCCAAGGACCAGCAACGAAUACAACAAUCAAACAAAUAUGUUUUAUUAUAUAAUACAAACAGUUGAGAUGUUGAAUGUGGUUCUUACAUUCUCUGAGGUUUGUCCAAACAAAAGCUUCCCCACCCCUGCGCUGGAGUCACAUCCAGCAAACUGUCUUAAAAAAAAAAACGUGUAACCCCAAACCAAACACUUUAAUUAUACUUGGGCGCACCAUUACCAAAAGACUUGUAUUGAGAUUCAAAACAAAGACAUCUCAAGUAUCCGGCUGAUUGCAAACAGUCUGUAUGCAAUUUGCGGACGUUUCAACAGCAGAGCUUUGGAGGUAAUUUGAACCGUCGGUCGUUUGCACUCAUCCCGAAAAUUUCUCGCCACCAUCCAAAGACCCGUCACGGGGCCGUUGGGCCUUGAGCGCAGGGAGGGGG